UCGUCCAUUGUGAAUCACAAUCGAAGAACACAGCGACGGACUCAACUAUGGUGGUGAACUUCAAGGUGUUCAAGAAAUGCUCACCAAACGGCAAGAUUUCCCUGUAUCUUGGUAAGAGAGACUACAUCGACUACUUAUCGGGAAUCGAGCCGGUGGACGGGGUGGUUCUGUUGGAUCAGAACUACAUCGAUACCGGGCGAAAGGUAUGGGGACAACUAGUGUGCAGUUUCCGCUACGGCAGAGAGGAGGACGAGGUGAUGGGUCUGAACUUUCAAAAGGACCUGUACUUGACCUCGGAACAACUCUACCCGGCUACUCGAAAAAUGGAGGAUAACUUGACCAGGUUGCAAGAACGUCUGUUGACGAAAUUGGGACCAAACGCGAUUCCAUUCGUGUUCAAGUUCCCCCAAAGUGCUCCGUCGAGCGUAACUCUGCAGCCAGGCGAGGAAGAGACCGGUGAACCUUGCGGCGUGAGCUAUUACGUGAAGAUAUACUCCGGCGACACCGAGACCGACAUUACACACAAGAGGAGCACGGUAACGAUGGGCAUCAGGAAGAUUCAAUACACGCCGACGAAACAGGGUCGCCAACCGUGUACCGUCGUACGAAAAGACUUCUUACUGAGUCCAGGCGAUUUGGAGCUCGAGGUUACCUUGGACAAACAGCUGUACCAUUACGGAGAGAGAAUAGCCGUAAACGUGUGCGUAAAGAACACCAGUAACAAGGUCGUGAAGAAGAUCAAGGCUCUGAUUCAGCAAGGUAUCGACGUGGUGAUCUUCCAGAACGGCCAGUUCAGGACAGUGAUCGACGCGGUAGAGACGCAGGACGGCUGCCCGAUAAAUCCAGGCUCGAAUCUGCAAAAGGUCCUGUAUCUGAAGCCAGAGCUAGAAAAAAAUAAGCACCGCAGGGGCAUCGCUCUAGACGGACGAUUAAAGAGGGAGGAAAGCGAGCUGGCCUCCAGCACGUUGCUCAUCUCGCCGGACGUUCGCGACUCCUUCGGCAUCGUGGUGUCUUACGCCGUCAAGGUCAAACUAUAUCUGGGAGCACUGGGGGGAGAGCUGUCGGCGGAGCUGCCGUUCAUCCUGAUGCGACCGAAGCCAGUGGAUCGGAUCAAAGAGGUGAGCGCGGACAACAUAGAAGUGGAGGACAUCGCGGACGAGAAGGCGAAGCAGGCCAGCAGCUAAGCGGAUAGGGUUCGGUGCACGUGACCGCGAGCUACACCCGGAGGUUGGCUCGCGUUCAAUUUCAAUAUCUGGGAACUCGUGUCGCACGAUUGAAAACACACACCGUGGCAUGGGUGUAAUAUUCUGGACAGGUAACCCGGCAUCCCCAGCUCCGCGUAGGUAUCACGUUAACAACCCUUUCUCUACCAAGAGCGACGCUAGUCGCCUGCUACGAAUCAAACGGUACGUGUCAUAGUUUUCGUAUAGAUCUGCGCGUACGAUCGCUUGCAAAAUUCUACGUCGCCUCGCAUCGAUUACAACGCUAUUGGUAAGACGAGAGAUCCAACACUCUGCGGCCGAGACGGGCGACAUUUUAUUUCGAUACUAUUGUAGAUAACAAAUAAAAGUUAUUUAUAGAAUGCUACCUUAGGAUACUCCGUAUCCGAAACGUCUCCUUCUAGAGAUCCGAGAAAUUUAACGGUAUCGAUUGCUGCUGGAAACUAGGUGAAAGCAAGUCUCGUCCAAUGCAUCUGAAACGCAUCCGUAGCUGUCGCUUAUAUGUAUAUCGUACUAGCGUUCUGUAAUUGUAUACUUCUAUAGCAUGAAUAAAAUAUGGUGUAUCGGCCGAAUUAAAUCUAUGUACGCGCUGUUAAA